AUGGCAGGUACUCGUGGUUCCACUCAGGGAAGAACGGGAACUGCACCUGACGAUCUAAUUACCACUGUUGGCGGGUUGGCCACUUUCGUCCACAAUAUGAGUCAAGAGUGGAGGGACUACCAACAACAGCACCCGAACCAACCCCCACUGCAAGACAAUGCAGAACAAAUUGCCAGACAAAGGCUGAAGGAUUUCCGUAAUUUCCAACCACCUGUAUUUGAAGGUGGUGACAAUCCCAAAGCUGCAGCGAAGUGGCUGCAGAUGAUGGAGCAUAUUUUUGAGCGAAUGGGAUGCCCAGAAGCUCAGAAACCGGAUUAUGCCUCGUACCAGCUAACGGGAGAGGCAUUAACAUGGUGGACUGGCGCUAGAGCUCUGCUGCGAGCUCAGAACAUUGACUUGACUUGGGCCGUAUUCAGGAGAGUAUUUCUGGACAAGUAUUUUCCAAAAGCAAUGAGAAGAAUGAAGCACACCGAGUUGCUGUCUUUGAGGCAAGGGAACAUGUCUAUCAAUGAAUAUAUUGCAAAGUUUGCUCAGCUGAUGGAAUAUGCCAACUUCGACCGAAACAUCUACGAUGAGGAAUGGCAGGUGGAAAAAUUUGAAAGCGGAUUGCACCCGGAGAUCAGAAAGCUAAUGUUGACCACAGCUGUUCGUACGCUCCCAGAAAUCAUUAAUCAGAGUCGGCAGGCGGAGGACAUUAUCACUGAAGCAAGAAAUUUGAGCAGGCAACCGGUGCAACAGCAAGGAGGAAGCAGGAUUGGAAGAUUCUUCAAGAAGUUCACCAGUCAGAACAAGGGCAAAGGUUCGCAAAUGCAGGCUCGCGCUGAAAAUUUCAAGAAGAACACUUUCACUGGAUCAUCUUUAGCUGGACGUCAAAAUAUUCCUAUUUGUACUGCUUGUGGGAGGAACCAUACUGGAUAUGCAGACGAAAGAAUAAUUUAUGCUAUGGAUGCGGAGAGUCAGGACACUUCGCCGCAGAUUGCCCAAAGAAUGCCUACCCAGCUCGUUCUAAUCAGCCUCCUACUCAAGGCCGCGUCUUCACCCUUGAUGCUAAUGAAGCCCAGAAGUAUCCAAAUUUGA